AUGCUGCGAAAUAAUUCAAUUCUGCACCAGGUGCGAAGGGCUCACUCGGCCACAUUAAAGAAAAAUCCUCACCUCGACACGAUAAUACGCGUGGACCACGCGGGCGAGCUGGGCGCGGACCGGAUAUACGCGGGCCAGAUGGCGGUGCUGGGCAACACGCCCGAGGGGCCCCUCAUCCAGCACAUGUGGGACCAGGAGAAGAAGCACCGGGAGAAGUUCGAGCAGCUGAUAUGCAAGUACCGCGUCCGGCCGACGGUCAUGACGCCGCUGUGGAACCUGGCCGGCUUCGCGCUGGGCGCCGGUACUGCCCUACUGGGUAAAGAGGCCGCCAUGGCGUGCACCGUCGCCGUCGAGACGGUCAUAGUGGACCACUACAACGACCAGCUGCGCACCCUGAUGGAGGACCCCAACGUGGACAAGGAGAUCCUCGAGACGAUCACCAAGUUCCGCGAUGAGGAGCAGGAGCACCACGACACCGGGAUAGACCACGGCGCCGAGCAAGCGCCCUUCUACAGAGCCCUGACGGAGGUCAUCAAGGGCGGCUGCAAAGUUGCCAUCGCGAUAUCCAAGACCAUU